CUAGGAAGACUUGAGUAUCAAAAGGGUAACAUAGAAGCUGCACUUCAUGAAUUUGAAGGAAUAGACAUUGCUGUAGUGACUCCUAGGAUGAAAGGAUCCAUUUCUAGAAGAUGUGAACAAAAUAGACACCGUUCACAGAGUGAUUCUGUCCCACCUAUGUCCAUGCACGCUGUUAGUCUGCUCCUUGAAGCUGUUCUUCUCAAAGCAAAAUCAUUGCAAGGCCUUGGACGAUAUGAAGAAAAAUUGUGAUGUGUUAGACCCGAACUGCCAACCCAAGAGAUCUAGCUAUGGGUUACCUGAGGAAAAAUUUAUAUUUGCUUGUUUUAACCAGCUAUACAAGAUGGAUCCUGAUAUUUUCAAUACAUGGUGCAACAUCCUUAAGCGAGUACCAAAUAGUGCACUUUGGCUUCUCAGAUUUCCUGCUGCUGGCAAGUCGAGACUCUGCAAUUAUGCUGUUCAAAGAGGUGUACAACCAGAUCAGAUUAUUUUCACAGAUGUUGCCAUGAAGGGUGAACAUAUCGAGCGCAGUGCUUUAGCAGAUUUAGUCUUGGACACGUAAGCAUGCUUAAUACGUUUUUUUUCUAUUUUUUUAUUAUUCAAGUGUAUUUAUCUUAGUACAAUACAAUAUGUAACUUUAUUUUGACAUUUGAUGUUGCUAAUGCUGAUUAAUUUUGCUAUUGUUGUUUUGUUUCUUUAUUUUUUUUUUUGGUGGUGUGUGCUCUGUAGCAUUGCAUUUAGUUAGCUUAAUAUUUAGCUCAUAUUUUCUUGAGUCGUUGCACCAUAAUUCCCUUAAUCAAGAGUCGUGUUCUGUCCCAAGGACAAUACUCAUCUUUUAGUUAAUUCCACUUGUAUCUUGAUCAGGUUAUGAAGUAAUUUUUUUUAUUAUCUAUAUUGUGUUGAGACUUUCUCAUUACUCAAAGCCUAUUGUGAAAAUCGAAAUUGUGAAGCUCCAAGAAUAUGAAGAGACUUUGAUUGCAUCUUUAAAUCUUUAUCAUUAUUUUCAUACGGCAUUUAUCAUAUAUUUUCCUUCAAUCAAUGGCUUAUUAUUAAGAGAAGUCUAUUACUCUGAAUUAGAUUAUCUUCUUCUCCACCUCUUUGGACCUAGGGAAAAAAAUUGUA